AACUGUUUUGUCUGAGUUUCUACAUUGCUGUCUCUUCCCAACCAUGCUAACAUCAUCAGCCAUGCUAACAAAAUACAUCGGGGUAAAUUAAAUGGACCUGCCUUUGCAUCAGCUCUCCGGGGAGUGUGGUGAUAAACUCCUACUCCUGCCCUGUUGUACCUCCUUGUCACUCUUGCUACCUGCAUGAGCAAUUGCCCGUGCCAAUAAUCUUUGAAAUAGAGGCAUGCAUAAAAGGGCUACUUAGCCAGGCCUAAAAUUGCUUCCUUCUUAAUUUGUCCUUGCAGUAUUUGUUUCUGGGCAAUAGGCUGUUGAGAAACAAAUUCAGAUUAUCACUUACGAUCUCCUUCUUCAUCAAAAACAGCAUGGCCAGCAGGUCAAGGGAAGUGAUUCCCCCUUAUGCUCUCAUGAGACCCCAUCUGGAAUGCUGCAUACAGUUCUGGUGUUUCCAGCAUAGGAAGGAUGUGGAAGUGUUGGAGCAAGUCCAGAGGAAGGACAUGAAGCUGACUAGAGCACUGGAGCACUUUCCCUAUGAAAACAGACAAGUUGGGAGUGUUUAGCCUGGAGAAGAGAAGAUUGUGGAGAGACCUCAUAGCAACCUUCCAGUAUCUGGAGGAGGCCUACAAGGAAGCCAGAGAGGGACUCUUCGUCAGGAACUGCAGUGAUAGGACAAGGAGUAAUGGGCACUAAUUGAAAGAGAGCAGAGCUGGGUGUUAAUGAGCACCACCAGAAGGAAGUGGUCAGCUACAUGCGCUUUGCUCGUUUCAAGCGUGGCAUGUGUCUCAAAACAGUGGAUUCUUGUUUUCAGGACCUCAAGGACAGCAGACUUGUUGAAGAGACCUUCACAGUUGACGAGGUGAUAGACAUGUUGGAUGGACUGCAGAGUGUUGUACACAGUGAAGUGGAGUCAGAGCUCAUAAAUACAACUUAUACCAACGUUUUACUUCUCCGGCAGCUCUUUUCACAGGCUGAGAAAUGGUACCUGAAGUUACAGACAGACGUCUCUGACUUGGAGAAUCGAGAAUUAUUGGACCAGGUUGCUGAGUUUGAGAAGUCAGAAUAUACAUCUUCAAACAAGAAGUCCACUGCAGAUCCCAUUAAACCAAAACUUGCUCCACUAAAUGAAGGUGGGUCAGAGCUGCUAAACAAGACAGUUGCUCAUCUCCAAGAAGAAAAUGAAAAAUUGAAGACCAGACUCAGGACCAUAGAAACACAGGCUACAGCUGCCCUAGAUGAGAAGUCCAAGCUGGAGAAGUCACUGAGGGAUUUACAGAUGAUCCAAGGAGAUCAGAAGAAUAAUGCAAACCAGGAUAUCACUGAACUGGAGAAUAAAGUGGCAGCUUUGAAAUCCCAGUUUGAGAAGACUUUAAACGACACUACUGCAAACCAAAAAUUCUUGGAAGAAGACUUGGUGACAACAAAACAUGACUUACUGAAGGUUCAGGAUCAACUAUCCACAGCUGAAAAGGAAUUGGAGAAGAAAUUUCAGCAAACAGCUGCCUAUCGCAACAUGAAAGAGAUUCUCACCAAGAAGAAUGAACAGAUAAAGGAUUUGCGUAGAAGACUUUCCAAAUAUGAGUCAGAGGACUGAAAUAGCAAAAAGCAUCUGAUCUAUCAGACGUUGUCAUGGAAAGAAAAUGUAGAUUGGUGUUACUUUUCAAUAAUGUUCAUUUUGAAUGGUGUAUUCUUUGCUUCUAGUGUUUAAAAUAUUAUUAUUAUUAUUAUUAUUAUUAUUAUUAUUAUUAUUUUCAUGCUGAAACUCUAACCUUACUUCCUUGUAAACCUACGAUUUAUAGGUAUUAGUUUCUGCAGUCUUGUUUUUAAUGGUUAACCAUUUACAUUCCUUGAGAAACAGCAAACAGGACCUUGUUGAAGAACUGAGAACAUUCCCUACAAAAAAGUAUAUUUUUGUUAAAAAAAGGGGGAAAAAAGGCCAAAAAUAUAUGCAUUAGAGUUUUUGAUGUCUUCAAGGUGGAAACUCCAGUUACUUCUGUGUAGUUAAUGUAGUUAUGAAGUGGCAUUAUAUGUAAAAAUUGCAUCGGGGAAAGAUUAGGAGGAACAAAAGAGAAGUGCUGAUUCUGUAAUGUUACUUCACAUUGGGCAUGUCAUAGCAAAGUGUGGUCACUAGCAUUUUUCUAGAGGGUGUUCAUUAGAUAAUGACAUAAAUAUGUUUUAUAGCCAAAGUGCUUGAUCCUUUCAAAUAAAGAUGUGCUUUUUCACUUGAAUUGAUUUAAAGCAAAUUUGAACAUCAGAAGACAGAUUCUGACUUUGCUAGUAUUCUUAAUAUUGAGAUGAUAAUCUAAAUAUGCAUAGGAAAGUUAGUGGAGCAACUUUUUUGGGAAAUAAGUUAUUUUAGAUGUUUUCAUAUCCUUUCUUAAUGUAACCUUACUAGAAAACAGCUUACUUCUCUCCAGUCUUCUGCUUGUAAUUCUCUGCCUUUAAUUUGCUUGUCAGUUCCCUAAUAGAACAUUCUACUUGUUAUCUGUCUCUGUUCAUAUGUAUCUUGUACUUUAUUUCAAAUAAAAUACUACAUUUUCAAACA